UCUGCGCUCCCUCUCCCCUCCCUCCCUCCUUCCCUGCCAACUACAACCUCCUCCUCUGGUGUCUAUGGCGUCUCAGAUCUAACAGUACCGCCCAGUUGCUUCUGCCCCGCUUCCUUCAUCCGCAUCUUUUCCCUUAACCGCUUCGCCCUGUGGGAACACUUCUUGCUGUUCCAAAUGCGGAGAAUCUCUUACUCCUUCCCCGAGGAAGUCCUCGAGCACGUCUUCUCUUUCAUUCACUCCGACCAGGACCGCAACGCCAUCUCCUUGGUCUGCAAGUCAUGGUAUGAGAUCGAGCGUUGGUGCAGGAGGAGCAUUUUCGUCGGCAACUGCUAUGCUGUUAGCCCUAUGAUGGUGGUCAAACGGUUCCCCAAGCUGAGAUCCAUUUCGCUCAAAGGAAAGCCUCACUUUGCGGACUUCAAUUUGGUUCCUGAGGACUGGGGUGGCUAUGCCUGCCCUUGGAUCGAGGCCAUGGCUAGUGCCUAUCCGUGGCUAGAGGAGAUCAGGCUCAAGAGGAUGGUCAUAACGGACGAGAGCUUGGAGCUGAUUGCUAAAUCAUUCAAGGACUUCCAAGUCUUGGUAUUGUCCUCUUGUGAGGGAUUUAGUACCGAUGGACUGGCUGCCAUUGCUGCCAAUUGCAGGAAUUUAAGGGAGUUGGACUUGCGGGAGAGCGAAGUGGAUGACCUUAGCGGGCAUUGGCUAAGCCAGUUUCCUGAUUCAUUUACAUCGUUAGUUUCCCUUAACAUCUCGUGCUUAGGUUCUGAGGUGAGUAUAUGUGCCCUAGAGCGCCUGCUGGCUAGGUGUCCCAACUUGCAGUCUCUUCGCCUCAACCGUGCUGUGCCCCUUGAAAGGCUAGUCAACCUAAUUGGCCGGUCACCCAACUUGGUUGAGUUAGGCACAGGAACUUACUCAAGUGAGAUGCAACCUGAUGUCUUCUCAGACCUAUCAAGAGCUUUUGUAGGGUGUAAACAACUGAAGAGCUUAUCUGGCUUUUGGGAUGCAAUACCCUACUACCUUCCGGCCGUCUAUCCUAUCUCUUCCAGGCUUACUUCACUAAACUUGAGUUAUGCUACUACUGAGAGUCCCUAUCUCAUCAAGCUUCUCAGUGAAUGCCGGAAUUUGCAGCGCUUAUGGGUGCUGGAUUACAUAGAAGAUUCUGGCCUGGAAGCCCUUGCGGCAUCAUGCAAGGAUUUGAGGGAGUUGAGGGUGUUUCCAUCUGAUCCAUUUGGGCUAGAACCAAAUGUUGCAUUAACGGAAAGGGGCCUUGUUUCUGUGUCUGAAGGCUGCCCCAAGCUUCAGUCGGUUCUCUAUUUCUGUCGCCAAAUGUCUAAUGCUGCCCUCACUACGAUUGCCAGGAACCGGCCUAACAUGACUCGGUUUCGCCUUUGUAUUAUUGAGCCUCAAAAGCCUGACUACCUUACUCUUCAACCACUGGAUGCGGGCUUUGGAGCAAUUGUAGAGCAUUGCAAGAACCUUCAGCGCCUAUCCCUUUCUGGUCUUCUUACGGAUCGUGUUUUUGAGUACAUUGGAAGACAUGGGAAGAAACUUGAGAUGCUUUCUGUGGCAUUUGCUGGAGAUAGUGAUCUGGGGCUUCAUUAUGUACUGUCUGGGUGUGACAACCUGAGGAAGCUGGAGGUCAGGGACUGCCCCUUUGGUGAUAAGGCCCUCCUGGCGAAUGCUGCAAAGCUGGAGACAAUGCGAUCCCUUUGGAUGUCCUCUUGCAAUGUGAGCUUUGGAGCAUGUAAGCUGUUGGGUCAGAAAAUGCCUAGACUUAAUGUUGAAGUCAUUGAUGAAAGGGGCCAUCCGGAUUCAAGGCCAGAGAGUUGUCCCGUGGAGAAACUCUAUGUAUACAGGACCAUAGCAGGACCGAGAACGGACAUGCCUGGCUUUGUUUGGCGAAUGGAAUAUGAUUCCGCAUUAAGGUUUUCUUGAGUGGUUGUAGCGUAGAUUGAGUGAACAAAUGGCACACUACAGGCGCAUCUGGUGAGGAUCGUCAAUGGCAGGUACAUGCAUACUCUCAGUAAGCUGGUCACAUGAUGAGAUUUACUGUUGCCUGGCUUAGACAAGUGCAGUUAUGGAUAUGGUUGGUGUUUGAGCUAUGUACCGGAUGAUAUGGAGGCUCGUGCUCCUUUGCCAUUCAUUUUACGCUUUGGGGCUGCGCUACGGGAUCUUGAGUAGUUAUGAAUAAGUUAAUAAAUAGACUGAAUUUUUGCAAGUGCAUGUGAUGGAGUCAUAUAAUUCUUCUUUCGAGGUAUAUUCUACGGACUUGCGCGUAGUUCAUGCUCGCUGCCUUUAUAUGGUGCAGUAAGAUAUUGUGGAAUCGUUUGUGAUUCAGUCAAUAAAAUUCAGAUUCAAAUGCACAGGCCAGUGGGUGUCCCUACGAUGUUGUUGUCAGAAUAGUAUUGUGCAUUCUCGUUCACCCCCGUGAUGGCAUUGUCGAAUGUCUCAUUUUAGCGGGCAUGUGACUUGCUAUGGAAGUUUACUGUUGUUUAAACAAAUUUUAAUGUUAGUAAAAUUUUAAGUGAAGGUGUGAUAUUGAAUUCUUAACUAUUUUUUUAAAGACGAUUGAGUUAUUCGACCCCGAGAUUAGCCCGGUGCAUCUGUGCGCGCAGUACUUGUUUUAACAUCUUACAUGAAUACGAAAAAUGCGACUAUAAUUACAAAUAAAUUGUAUUGCCUUGCCUGUAAAGUUGAUGACAAUGACAUCGAGGGGAAAAAGUGAUUUGGUCUUUUGGCCUCA